CAAACAGGAACCCAAUCAAUAAGUUACUUCUAUAAACUCUUUCUUCUCUGUGUGGCUAUAUAUCACUUCCUAUUACACCGGAGCAACAUGCUGAGCUAUGCACAAACACUACCAUCAUUAGGAGUGGACGCCUUAAGCCUAAGCAAUAUGAUCAUAUCAUCAGCUCAAAACACCACCACACACCGCAAGAACUGCAAGCAACUAGCGGAGCACGUGAGGCUGAUAGGGAACCUGUUGGAGAAGCUGAAAUCAACGGACCUGAUGAACUUGCCGGCGACGAAGGAACCGUUGGAUGGUUUGGAAGAGGCACUGAGGAAAGCACUUGAGUUGGUGGAAAGUUGCAGAGAAAAGAGCUACCUUUACAUGCUUGCCAUGGGGUGGAACGUAGUGUAUCAGUUCCGCCAAGUCCAAGCUGAUAUUGAUCGCUAUCUUCGUCUCGUGCCGUUGAUUUCUUUGGUCCAAGAGUUUCGCAUGCAGAAUAUAGAGGAAGGAUUGCAGGCGAUUGAAGAAGAUCAAAGGGAAUACACCCUCGAAGAAGAAGAUAUGGAAGCCCAAAAUGUUAUAAUCAAACCUGAUCGGACAAAGAGAGAUGCUAAUGUACUGGAGAAGUCGUUGUCUCGUAGGUAUCCUGACUUGGAAUUUCAUGAAGCACUCCAUGAAGAGAAAGACAAAUUAAACAUUGAAUUGCAGCGAUCACAAACAAAUAAUGACCCCGAUCAAUGCCGGGUGAUUGAACACCUCAUUGAUGUAACGGAAAAUGUUGUAAAUGUGCUACCUGGUAAGAAGAUCACAAAACUUCUUGCCAAUGAACCAAUUUAUGUGAUAUCAGGGUAUGUAUCCAAUGUAAAUUCCAGCUAUGGAGACCCCGGAUUAAAGCCAGAAGAUCAAAGUCAAUGGCAAACUGAUCUUUUUGAUUGUUGCAGUGAACCUUGUCUAAGCUUCAAGACCUUCUUCUAUCCUUGUGGAACAUUUUCAUGGAUAGCUAACUUGGUGUCAAAGGGAAAAAUAUCUCGUGAACGCGCAAUCAAUGAUCUAAUGUCAUACUCCCUCUUCUGUGGUUGUUGCUGCUAUAGUUGUUGCAUUAGAAGGAAAUUGAGGAAGCUUUUUAACAUAGAGGGAGGUUCAUGUGAUGACUUCUCAACUCAUCUCAUGUGUUGCUGCUGCGCGCUAGUUCAAGAGUGGCGUGAGCUCGAAAUUAGGGGCUUCGAUGGUUGCCAAGGAAGAAAGAUGAUUCCUCCACCAUACCAAUUUAUGAAGCCCUGAAUCCCCUAUGCAAUGGCUGUCUAUCAAUUCUACUUGUGUACCAGUUGUAGUUAUAAGAAUUAUACAUAAAAACAAAGAGUGAGAUCUGUAGAGCAUAUGGGAAAAGGUAGCUUAGAAGUCAUGUAUCAACCCAUCCAAACUAAAUGAACAUGACAUGGCAAAAUAUAAAAGUUUUCUUUUAGAGCUUAUAUCAUGACAUGACCAUGCUGAUGUACUAUCAAAGAUGCAUUAUCAAAUGGAGAUCAGA